UCGGGAUAAUGGGUGCCGUUUUUUUCGCAGAAAUCGCGAGUCGCGAAAUCGACCGAGAACGCGGACAAUGUCGUGUUUCGCGCCUGACGCCCCGCCCCUCUCUAUUACCGACCUCGAUCGAGAGAUCGAGAGCGCGGCGAUCCGAAAGAAGAGCACCGCCAAAUUGGUCACGAGACCAGGAAGUAUGCUGUGUUAUUUGCAAAACCUGACAAAUCGAAUCGGCAAAAGGGAAUCAGAUCGACUGGUUUUGAAAUAAAUCGGCACCUAGUACGAUCGGAAUCUUCUCACAGAAAUGUUAGAUCGCAAAAACGUGAAUUUCCAGUUUGCGAGAUAUUUAGCAAUUUUCAUGUCCCAGCUUUCUUUAUUCAAUCUAGUUUACAAUGAAGUCGCAACAAUAAUAAGAAUUGUCUUUCUUAACGGGCAUUAAAUCUUUAGCGUUAUGGUUAUCAGUCAAAGUUGUUUCCUCAUAAUAUUUGUAUACAAAAGUGAGAAAAAUUUCAUUUACUCCAAAACUGAUUCUUUUAUUAGGUAUACAUAUAUCGAUGAAAAUUGUCAUUUUUGUUAUUUUUCAAUAUUUGAAGUGACGUUCGUAUGAUUAAAAGCUUGAGAUUGAAUGUCAUUGUAUAAUUGAAUUAUUUUCAAACUUAGAAAAAACUUAGAAAAAAUCCUUUAUCUUCAUUAAUCACUAAUUACUCAAAGACUACUGACGUCAAGGCUGACGGUCAAUUUUCAUCAAAAAAAAAAAGAUCUAUUGAAAGUUUGUUUAAAGAGUCUGUAAUUAGCAGAACAUCCAUUUGACAUACCUUGAAAAAUAUUACUAAAACGCAAAUAGCCAAUUAAUACUUGUCAUAAUAUUACUAAUGUAAGAGUAUAUACAUAUAUAUGUAGGUAUGUUUAAUCGGCUUUUAUUUCAUAAAAAAUUGACAUGUUUAAUGCAUUAAAAGUGUCAUCCGGUAAACAUUGUACAACAUUGAUAAGGCGGAUUCAUUUACACAGUGCAAUUUUUAUGAGAGCACCCGAAUUUGUUUUGUAAUGUUAAUAAGAUAAAAUUAUUCUCACGAUAAUUAUUCUAAUAUAGUAUACUGUAAAAUAACUGUCGAAACGGUAAAAUCUAUUAUUCCGCAAAGCAAAUUAUCUUAAUUUCUGCAGAUUAUGUAAUAAAAAAAUGGAGGUAAUAAAGCAUUCCUGACUUUCAUGCAAUUAUUUUUACAUGCGCACUUUUUUGUCUUUUUUCCUGACUCAAGUAGGUUUAUUCCGUUUUCUCUCUAUGCGAAAAUUUUUUGCAAAAAUGCUAGAAUCUUCUAAGAAUAGAAUUCCUCUCACGCGUAAUUUAUGAGCGCUUCUGAAUUACUUGAAUAAAAAAGUCACGUUUUGCAAAAUUUAUCUUUCCAACUGCCGCAACGAAUUAUAAAAGUGAGGCGAAGUACAACGCCGCAUUUGACGUCAACAUUUUCUCAAGGCUGAAAAAUAAGAAUCGUAUUCGCUACCGGACGAGAGUAAAGACCGCGAGGACAAGCGGGGAGAGCAGCGACAAAGGCUGGGUUUCCGCACGCCUGCGGGAAAAUGCGGUUCAGACCACUGAUGGCACAAUUAAUAGAAAUGAUUUACGAUGGUUACCGAGACCUGAUGUACAACAAGAGCGACCCGAGAGUCAACGAUUGGCCGAUGAUGAGCGGCCCGUUCCCCACACUGGCGAUCUGCUUGUUCUACGCCUAUUUCGUUAAGGUCUUGGGACCAAAACUCAUGGAGAAUCGAAAGCCCUUCGAUCUCAGAAGAGUGAUGAUAUGGUACAAUCUCUUUCAAGUAAUAUUCUCCUCGUGGUUGUUCAACGAGAGCGUGGUCGCAGGCUGGGGAGGACGAUACUCCUUCAGGUGUCAGCCGGUCGAUUACUCAAACGAUCCGAUCUCGCUGCGAAUGGCACGAGGUUGCUGGUGGUAUUACAUCUCAAAGUUCGUCGAGUUCACGGACACAAUCUUCUUUGUGUUGAGGAAAAAGAACGAUCACAUUAGCACUCUCCAUGUCAUCCAUCACGGCUGCAUGCCCAUGUCCGUGUGGUUCGGAGUUAAAUUUACCCCCGGUGGCCAAAGCACCUUCUUCGGUUUUCUGAACACCUUCGUACACAUCGUGAUGUAUUCGUACUACCUCCUCGCGGCGCUCGGGCCGCAAAUACAGCCAUACCUGUGGUGGAAGAAAUACCUGACCACUUUACAAAUGGUCCAGUUCAUUCUUGUCUUCAUCCACGCGUUCCAAUUACUUUUCAUCGAUUGCAACUAUCCAAAGGUCUUCGUCUGGUGGAUCGGCAUGCACUCCAUAAUGUUCUACUUCCUCUUCCGCAACUUCUACAACGAAGCGUACAAGAAGAAGAAUCUGAAGAACGCGAGCAAGCAGAAGAAUGACAAGAAGGAGCGGAGUGUGCCCAAGGACGAUGUCAAAAAGAACGGCAACGCGAAGGGCGUGAUAUACGCGAACCAGUACAAAAUGGCCACUGGUUACAUCUCGGACAGCGGCCUCAGGAAUCGCGUGUUUAUCGAUAAUCGAGGUUUCAAUGAAUAAUCAACAAAGAAACCUCCGAUUCAAAGGAGACUUCAAUGUGUCGAGCAUACAUUCGACUGCAAAUCAUCAUCAUUUAGAGCACUCUGCCACGUUGUACCAUAGCCGUUAGCUUCGCAAAGUGUGAUCGAUUAAAAAGCAGUCCGGUAAAUAGACAGGAGACGUUAAAAGUAAUGGGAAAUAAAAGGAAAAACGCGUUAAUCGGAAUUUCUAAAAGUCUCGUCUUACAAUUAGUGGCAUAUCCCAAUCAAAACAAUAUAUAGGUCACGAUAAUCAAAAUGAUGUUAAGGUGAAUCGUGAUUGCCGAAAAGUGAAUUCUAAUAAUCACUUUAAAGUCGAUUCGCCGUCGUUUUGAUGUCGUGACUAUUUGUUUCGCCUGGGAUUCCUUCUAGAUGCUUCGCGGUGGUGUAUGUGGUUUUACGUGUAUAAAAGAUCGCACUUUCCGUAUAUGUAUAUUACAUAUAUGUAUGAACGGAUGUAUGAUUGUGUAUAUAUUGUAUGUAUAUACACUUGUGUAUAUACGAUAAUUUGCGUGCAUUUUGCUAAUUUGUCGAGGAGCGAAAACAGACUGGAUGAACUGCUGUAAUGAAAUUGCCAAAAUGACAAAAUAUGUUAUUCUUCCCAGUUAGGAUACCAGUAGAAGUCGAAACGCAUCCUUCUACAGAUUGCCCUUUCCCGAAAGAGGUGACUUUUAAAGAGGUGGUUUUUAUGAAUAUUUAUAGACCGCGCUCGUAAGGAUUAAUUCCGUGUUUGCUCAUGUCUUCCUCUUUCAAAAAUAGAAUAGUAACGAACUCUUGCCGUAUUUCGUAUCAAGAGGAUAAAGAAAAUACAAUAUUUAUUUUGUAUGAGUAAGAAUAUUUAGCGAAAUUAUGAUUACUAUUUCGAAGCGUUAUUGACGUGAAACAGUCAAAGUUUCCAAAGCAUAUCUAAACGCAAAAAGGUUGCUGCAAAUUGCCUAGAUGACGAUAAUAUAACACAAAAUUCCAAUAAGGCAUAGACAGACAAUUUAUUAAUUAAAAGUAUGAAUUUAUAUAUUUACUGUUUGGAACUAGUAUUUAUUUAUUAUAGAACUAGUAUUAAUUUGCAGCAAUAAAUUUUUUUUAAUUAUUGAAGAAUAUUUUAUUUUCAUCUACAAUCCUAUUCUCUCAGAGAGCACAUUUCGUUUUUAUUUUAGAUAUUCUAAUAUUUCUUCUACUUUAAAUAUACUUAUUGUGAUAAAAUACAUAUGUACAUAUAUAUACACACAUAUGUAUAUAUAUAUAUAUAUAGACAUAUUUUGAUUUUAGAAUUAACUAUGUAUAUUAACGUCAAUCUUUCAUACAUAAGAAACGUUUAAUAUAAAAACUAAAAUUUUCCAUUAUUAUAUUUAUAAAAUAAAAUAAUAGAAUAAGAUGAGUACAAUAUGUUCAACAAAUUAUAAACGUUUCUCUCAAACUCUCCCAAAAAUUUUUACGGCUUCCUUUCAUCAAUAAAAUAUAAAAAUUUAUAGCCGUUA